AUGGAGAAGCUGCCAAGCAGCCCCGACACGGACGGUACGCUGACUGCUGAGAAGCAGAGAGGGUUUUCUGCCCAAUCGUUUGGAACAGCGAGUGAUGGGGAGGACGAGGCCGUGUUCCAAACAUGUGUGAGCCUGAACACAGAGGGUACCUUUGGUUCACCCGCAAGUAGUCGUCCCACAACCUCGCGGAAACUCAACCUGGAUGCGACUUACGACCGCCCCAGACGGUCAGUGCGGAGCGAAACAACAGACAACAAGAGUGAAAGGGGUUCUUGUCGCAGCGAUGUGCGUGGAUUUCUCAACAUUAUAUACGGGGAGCAUCAAAAGCGUACAUCAGAGCAACACCAACGGUCCAAACGGUGUGAAAGCCAGGCUGGCUCGAAAGCAUCAAAUAUCGUCACCACAGAAACGGAAGGUACACCAAAAAAACGACGUGGUGAAUCGAGGGAAGCAGAUGGAUGGGCAGCCUCCCGCCAUUCCGCGCUCGAGCAGCUGCGGGUGGAGCUAGAGAAGCGACUGGGUGACCACACACAAUUCAAGCCGGAACUUCGAGAGGCCCGCGUGGACGAAAGCGGGGCCACGGUGGCAUCAGUGGAGGUGCAAUAUCCAUCGAGGGCAAUGGAGACAACACUGCAGAAAACUGAUGAUAUUGCGGGAGCGCCGUACGUCCAUGAUAAAGCCACGUUGAAUUAUCUAACCAUAGAGCUCUCUAAUCUACGUGAUACUGUCGAAGAGGACCAUGACGGGACAAAGCAUCGAUUGGAAGAAAAGUCCAGGGAACGUCGAGAACGGACCGAGGAAAAAUGGCGGGCGAAGGAGCGCGCAGAGUGCACAUUCCAUCCCCAGAUCUCACCCACAUCUGAUGCCUUGUUCCACAAGUCUUCACAUGAGAAGGGUGACGUCUUUCACCGACUCUACCCGCAUCAGCAGACUGGAAAAGCGUCUCCAGAGGAGGGACUGGGGGAACAGGAAUUACUGGAGAAAGAGGAGAUGGAGUCCUUGCGCGAGCGAUGUGGUGCUCUAACUGCCUCACAGGUUGGUGAUGGCAUGUUUGAGCUAUUUCUCCACAACGUUCUUGGUCCAUCUAGAGAUCGCGCGUCCGCUUAUGUUGAAACGGACUAUCGGUCACCACUGGCUCAAAGGCUUCAAGCAGAGGGUCUGUUGGAAUCGUUGGGGUCGGCCGAUAGAAAGAAUGAGAGCUUUCGUGAAGAUCGUCGCUAUCGUAUUGCUUGUUUUGAUGAGUUUCUCCAGCGACAGAAUGCGCACUACGGUAACCGCUCUCGCGGCGUGCGGAAUCUUGAAAGGGCAUUAAAGCCAUCUUUCAAGCCGGAGAUCAGUGAGACAAGCGUGCAGAUCGCAAAGGAGCUGCGCGCCCGCAGUGUGAUCACGACGCCAGAAGUCGGUAAUGUGUCGGUGCUUGCAUCAGCGGUGAAGAAGCACCGUUCGCCGUACGUUGACCCGUGCACCUUCAAGCCAAAGAUCACAGCUGUCUCGAGCUCAAUGAAGCCCCGCGGCGUGAAUAGCAUGGCGAACGACGGCGUGCGUUGGCGCAAAGCGCGAAAAGUGGCGCAGGAAAAGGCGCUGGCAGAGGAGCUGCGCCAUCCGUUCCGUCCCACCCUUAACGACGAGCGCAACGCACAUGUGGAGUCUCUGCUGCAUCCGAAGAACUAUACACGCUACGAGCAGUGCCUGCGGCAGCACAAGGAGCGACUGGAGCAAAUGAAACAGGAAAAGGAUGCCAUGAGGGAAAGGGAGGAAUUGGGGCGCAGCACGUUUCGCCCAAAGACGACACGAAAGCCCGCAUACGUGGCGCGAAUGGCCUCUAGUUUUGCUCUUGUCCGCCAAAAAUACGGCGAAUUGUGA